AUGGCACCAAUAUCAAUCUUUGAUAAGUUACCUACUCGUAUCCAAAAAUUAGCAAUAACUUUAUGUGAUCUUGUAAAAGAAGAAUGUCCACAUCUCAAGUUAAUUAUCGAUCAUAGUCUCGUUACUGCUGUGCCUAUUUGUGUGAUCUGUGAACAAUGUAUAUUUGAUGAUAAUGAAUACGUGGAAUACCAGGAAUACCCAAUGCAUCUUCAAUGUAGCCAACUGCAUGAUGUAUAUAUGGAUCUUGACACCCUGGAAAUGACGGAAAUGACGAAUCAAUCCCUGAAUAUUGCAAAUUUCCCCCCGGAAAUUACAAAUCACCUCCUGGAAAUUACAAAUCAAUCAAUUGGAAUCAAGGAAGGUCAACCUGGAGUGGGAGAGAUUUGGUGGGAUCCUCCACCAGGUUUGACCGUUAAACCGGUUAAACCCCUGGAAAUUACAAAUCACCCCUUGGGAAUUACAAAUCACCCCUUGGAAAUUACAAAUCACCCCUUGGGAAUUACAAAUCACCCCUUGGACAUUACAAAUCACCCCUUGGAAAUUACAAAUCACCCCUUGGAAAUUACAAAUCACCUCUUGGGAAUUACAAAUCACCCCUUGGGAAUUACAAAUCACCCCUUGGAAAUUAAAAAUCACCCCCUGGAAUUGAUGAAUCACCCUCUGGAAAUUACAAGUUACCCCACGGAAAUUUCAGAUAGAGUCAUGGAAUUCGAUCAAAAAUUCAGGCAAGCGGCAAUCAAAUUUCGAAAAAAUGGAAGACUUCCACCGAUUUUGAUUGAUGGAUCUCCUAUAGAUCAAUUAUUGAGAUUGAUGACUACUAUAGAUCAAUUAUUGAGAUUGAUAACUAUGUACGACGAAUUUGCAGGAAAGAAAAAUAAAAAUCAGACAAAAUUAUACUUAUUAGCAAAAAUGGGUAAAUUAAUCGUCCAACAACCCGAAUUAGAAGAUUUGGUACCAAACCCCGAACGAAAAAAAACCAAACGAAUUCUUCGGGUAUCGAAGCUGUUAUAUGAAUUAUUUCCAACGCAAUAUGAAUUAUUGCGGCAUGCUGAACAAAUUUCAUGUAGUGAGCUUAAUAAAAUGAAUAAUAAUCAGAUCAAGCAGCUUCAGCGAAUUGUUGAUGUUUGGUCGUCAUUUAUCUGA